UGCGAGCGUCCGGUCUGGGUCGCCGGCAUGGAUCUGGUUUUAAAUCGUGCGGACUACGUGCAGGUGGGAGUGACCUCUCAGAAGACUAUGAAGCUACUGCCUGCUACAAGACAUCGAGCUACACAAAAGGUGGUUGUUGGAGACCAUGAUGGGGUAGUUAUGUGCUUUGGCAUGAAGAAAGGAGAAGCAGUCGCAGUGUUCAAGACUCUCCCGGGCCUGAAAAUUGAGCGGCUGGAGCUAGGAGGGGUUCUUAACACACCGCAGGAGAAAAUUUUUGUUGCUGCAGGAUCUGAGAUUAGAGGCUUCACAAAGAGAGGAAAGCAGUUCCUCUCGUUUGAAACAAACCUCACUGAAAGCAUUAAAGCCAUGCACAUAUCUGGCUCAGACCUCUUUCUCAGUGCAAGUUACAUCUACAACCAUUAUUGCGACUGCAAAGACCAACAUUAUUACCUUUCUGCGGACAAAAUCAAUGAUGUCAUCUGCCUUCCAGUGGAUAGAGUGCCACGUAUUACACCAGUAUUGGCCUGCCAGGACAGAGUACUCAGAGUUUUACAGGGAUCUGAUGUGAUAUAUGAAAUCGAAAUUCCUGGUCCACCAACUGUUUUAGAACUAUGUAAUGGAAAUGGAGGUAGCUCAGGAGAAGACAUUCUAUUUGGAACAUCAGAUGGAAAACUUGGGCUUAUUCAAAUCACUGCAUCCAAACCAGUACACAAGUGGGAAAUUAGAAAUGAGAAAAAGAGGGGAGGUAUUUUGUGUAUUGACAGCUUUGAUAUUUUGGGUGAUGGUGUUAAAGAUUUACUUGUUGGAAGAGAUGAUGGAAUGGUGGAAGUCUAUAGUUUUGAUAAUGCAAAUGAACCUAUUCUAAGAUUCGAUCAGAUGUUUUCUGAAAGUGUCACAUCUAUCCAAGGCGGUUGUGUAGGGAAAGAUGGUUAUGAUGAAAUCGUGGUAUCUACAUAUUCAGGCUGGAUUACAGGUCUGACAACAGAACCCAUUCAGAAGGAAAGUGGACCAGGAGAAGAAGUAAAAAUUAAUCAGGAGAUGCAGAAUAAAAUUUCUUCUUUACGGAGUGAAUUGGAACAUCUUCAGUGUAAAGUAUUGCAGGAAAGAGAGAACUAUCAGAAGUCUUCUCAAUCAAGCAAAGCAAAAUCAGCAGUACCUUCGUUUAGUAUAAAUGACAAAUUUACAUUAAAUAAAGAUGAUGCCAGCUAUAGCCUUGUUUUAGAGGUACAGACCGCAAUAGAUAAUGUCUUAAUACAGAGUGAUGUUCCAAUUGAUUUACUUGAUGUGGAUAAAAAUUCUGCAGUUGUUAGCUUUAGUAGCUGUGAUUCUGAGUCAAACGACAACUUUCUGCUUGCUACUUAUCGGUGCCAGGCAAAUACCACAAGGCUGGAGCUCAAGAUUCGUUCAAUUGAAGGCCAGUAUGGCACGCUUCAAGCAUAUGUGACUCCAAGAAUUCAACCUAAAACCUGUCAAGUCCGCCAAUACCAGAUAAAACCUCUUUCACUCCAUCAGAGAACACACUUUAUUGAUCAUGGCAGACCCAUGAAUACAUUGACCCUAACAGGCCAAUUUAGUUUUGCUGAAGUUCACUCCUGGGUGGUAUUUUGCCUGCCUGAAGUUCCUGAAAAGCCUCCUGCAGGAGAAUGUGUGACAUUUUACUUCCAGAACACCUUUCUGGAUACACAGCUUGAAAGUGUCUACAGAAAAGGAGAAGGAGUUUUUAAAUCUGACAACAUUUCUACUAUAUCCAUCCUAAAAGAUGUGCUCUCUAAAGAAGCUACGAAAAGGAAAAUUAACCUCAACAUAUCAUAUGAGAUAAAUGAGGUGUCAGUCAAACACACUUUAAAGCUGAUUCACCCAAAGCUGGAGUACCAGUUGCUUUUGGCUAAGAAGGUACAAUUAAUUGAAGCUUUAAAAGAAUUGCAGGUUCAUGAAGGAAAUACAAAUUUUCUGAUACCAGAGUAUCGCUCUAUUCUUGAAGAGGCUGAUUAUCUGCUGGAAGAAUACAAAAAGCAACCUGCACAUCUUGAACGACUUUAUGGCAUGAUCACUGAUCUUUUCAUCGAUAAGUUUAAGUUCAAAGGCACCAAUGUAAAAACCAAGGUACCUCUUCUGCUGGAGAUCCUGGAUAGUUACGAUCAAAAUGCACUGAUUGCUUUCUUUGAUGCAGCAUGAUGUGUCAGCAAGGUAAAGCUCCAAAGAUAGAGUCUCAACAGAAAUGCCAAAACAUGCUUCGUACUGCAAAUGCUUUUUGAUGUCAAAUAAUUUAUUGAUGUAUCACCUAAAAAUGUGAGACAGUGACUUUUUUAGUAAUACUUCUAUUUUGAUAAAUGAAUAUUUUUUUAAAAUGUGUUUUUACUUUUGAAGCUCAAGGAGAAUGGUUAUGAGGGUUUGCUUUGUACAUUUUACUAAGUGAAUGCUUUUAUUUUCAAAUUGAGAAAUACUAUAUUGAAAAUUAAAAUGUAUUCAAAUUUUGUGCAAGGCACCUACACACUUAAGUGUAAACUACUUUACAGGCUUCAAGGCAUAUUUUUAUGUAUUACCUUGUUUCCACACCUGGUGUGUGUCUCGGUUCCUAGAUAUGCCGCCAGACUGUGCCAGCCACCUCCGUCUGUUUGUGCUGGUGGCUGGGGUUGAUGGGCAGCUGAUUGCUUGGUCGGUGGUGUUUUCUGAUCCUGCUGCUUGUGUGAUGUGCUACACAGCGCUGUAAGGUGUGGCCCCAGAAGGAAGCACGGCUCCGAGCCUGGGCACGCUUCCCUUGCUGUUGUGUCACAGGCGGAUCUCAGGCGCCCAGCGGGAAGAGUGCAGGAGUCAUGCCGCGUUCGUUUUCCUUCGGCCGUAAUUUCCUUUUUCAUUCUUGUUGGAGCAAAAUAUUUUGCUCAUUAAUCCUGAUUCAAGUGUAUUCGUGUCAGAUGUCAGGGAAAUAGUUGGCUUAAAAGUUUUUACAUGGUACUAACAUCAUGGAAAAUAAGCUCGAUUUUAUGCUUUCAGGAAGGGCCGACUCAUGAGUUUGACAGAAAAUUGCUUUGUUACAUGCCAGUAUUUAUUUGCAAACCUUAUAUGUUAAAUGUAAAAAUGUGUUAGAUACAUGCAGUUAAGAGUUUUGUUGUAAUAGGGUCGUAUUGCUUUUGCUGCAUUUAAAUAGCCUUCAUUUUAAAUGGAACACCGUAAUUUUAUCUCAGUCAUUAGAAUUUCCGUCUCCUUUCUAUUGGCUGCCAUAGCUUGGCAAAAACAUUAAAGGUAAUGACUGGUGAUUGUCUGUUUUUUGUAAUCUAUUACUAUUUACCUGUUAUCAACGAUAGUUCAUUGUGUCAUCUUGAAUUACCUGCAUCUUCAUUAAGAAAAAUAAAAAAUGCUAAGAGAAA